ACGAAGUAAUGCUGAAGAACAAACCGAGCUACAUAACUCAUCUUUCUUGGACAACACUCGAGCGGUUGAAGCAUUUGAUUCAACCAUAAUAUUAAAAGGCAAGACUAACACAUGAAAGGGAGUUAAUAUGAGGAUCAUUUCUGCAUAAAUCAAGGACCAACAGAUUGAUACCCAUCGUAUCAUGGUUGCCAAAUAUAGGAGACGUAAUUUGCCUUCUAUCUACCUAGAAUAGGAAUGUUUCCAUUUCCUUUUAGAUCCUCACAACGUUCAUAUGCAUAUUUUUCCUUUUCCUUUCUAAGUCUUUAUUCUAUAUAUUGUAAACAAAUAUUCAUGAAUAAUAAGAAGAACCAAGUAACCUAUUUGGGUUACCUUUCUUUAUCUUCUUCGUACAAACCUUGCAGAAGGAUACAUCAACAAUAAUCUCUCUCUCCCUUUGAUCUUCAUUCUCCAAUCUACUUGAUUUUCUUCUAAAAUCUUCAUGGUAUCAGAGCCAUAAGGUCUUGAGGACCCCUCUGUUACGUUUUUUUUUAGUUAUUCCGCUGCGAAAUCGAAGUAUAUUUCCUCUCGGUUGUGAGUAUACCGAAGAGGAGCCUACUCGAUUCAUUUUUCAGAAUUUUGUUUUUUCUUUUGGUCAUUCAUUCAAACCAAAAGGAGAGUUUUCUUCAAGUGAAUCGUUGGCCAGUCAUUCAAGCCAGGGUUAUUAUAUUGUUUGUCUCCCUCGGUCUUUUCAUUUCAAACCGAGACGGAAAUUUUUUUUCCCCUACCCCCUUUUCACUCCAAUAUGUGUGAGUAUUGUGAUAGUGAUUGUGAGUAUGAAGAGGUUUAUGAAGAACCAGAAUAUAGAGAGCAUUGGAAUGUUGAAGACGUCUUAGCCAAAAUACCAGAGACUUUAAGAGAGGUAGAAAGCAUUGCAGAGGCGAAACCAAUGCAUGGAGACCUACAAACCGAUCAAAAACACCAUGACAAGGGUAAUGACUUGGAUGAUGCACUCUCGGAAGAAGAAGAAGAAGAAGAAGGAAGAGAAAUAGAUGCGAUUGUGAGUGACCUCAUAACGGAGGCAAAGAACCCCGAAGAAGAGGCAUUACAUCCAUUUGAACUCAUUCCAUAUCCGAGUACAAUAAAGACUCCGAGCAUCCCAUUUGCAUGGAGAGAAACCCAAGUUUGUAGUAUCUUCUAUUCUCCUAUCUCUUUCGAUUUUUGUGUUCCAAAUGAUAUGUUUGCUUGUCUUAGUGUUUAUGAUCAGAAAAUCCAACCAAUAAUCAUGAAACUUCAUGGUGUCGAGAAGCUCACGAGUGAGGGGGAAUGGUAUGAAGCACUCGUAUGCUUCUCUAUUAAAAAUGACACAAUGCAAGUAUCCGAGUACAAAACGGAGCAAAUAAACAUGAAUAUAGGAAAUUUUGGAAGCUUAAAUCCAAAGGAACCUCCAUGGAAAGAGUUGGAAUGCUUGGAUAUAAGUCAACGCAACCACAAGGGUAUUCGCUCUCCAAGAUUAGCUUUUCAUCAUUUCUCCAAGCUAAUCUUGAGGGGGAAUGUUGGAGAACGAAGUAAUGCUGAAGAACAAACCGAGCUACAUAACUCAUCUUUCUUGGACAACACUCGAGCGGUUGAAGCAUUUGAUUCAACCAUAAUAUUAAAAGGCAAGACUAACACAUGAAAGGGAGUUAAUAUGAGGAUCAUUUCUGCAUAAAUCAAGGACCAACAGAUUGAUACCCAUCGUAUCAUGGUUGCCAAAUAUAGGAGACGUAAUUUGCCUUCUAUCUACCUAGAAUAGGAAUGUUUCCAUUUCCUUUUAGAUCCUCACAACGUUCAUAUGCAUAUUUUUCCUUUUCCUUUCUAAGUCUUUAUUCUAUAUAUUGUAAACAAAUAUUCAUGAAUAAUAAGAAGAACCAAGUAACCUA